CGUUCAUCGGGCCCCUGAAGAGGCCCACUAUAAGGUCCACUAUAAACAUGCUUGGUUUCUAUCAGGACCUUCUUGAUAUGGAAUCUGUGCGAGUGGAAAACCCUCAUCUCGAGACCAUUUGGCAUGAAGAUGUACACAAACUUGCAGUACAUCAGAAUGUUGAGUACGGUCAGCAAAAAGCCAAGUUUAUGAGGUGGUUUUUAUUCGAUCUCCUCUCAUGCGAGGGGAAGUACACGCAUACAGCACGUUUUGGCUUGAAUAUGGCUUACACGCGGCAGAUGGCACACGGUUACCUAAUUACUCGGCCUUGGUUUGAAAUAUAGGGUCCACCACCAGGUCCAUUAUAAGGCCCAUUAUUGGGUCCAGUAUGAGGAAGGUUCUUUAUGAAUGAAACUGAAGUCUAUCAUGAAGUUCAUAGCGAGGUCCAUUAUGAGGUCUAUUGUGAGCUACAUUUAGUAGGUACGUUAAGUGGUACACUGUGAGGUACAUUUAUGAGGUACAUUUAUUAGGUGAAUUUAUUUGGAGCAUUUAUCAGGUCCACGAUGAGGUGUAUUAUGGGGUACAUCAUGAUGUCAGUUGUGAAGAACAUUUGGUCCAGUAUGAGGUCCAUUGUGAAAAACAAUUAUUGGGUACAUAUAUUAGGUCUAUUAUGAAGUCCAUU